CAGACUUUCAGUGAGCAUCGCAAGCGAUCCGCGAGUGGAAGUGCCAUUAACCCAUCGAUCUUGAAAAUUGUUAUUAUGUUCUCCAAACUCGCAACACGCGGCAUCGCCACCCGCAUGAGCUACUUGGCCCAGAAGACAUCCGCCCAGGAAUCCACCGCAGCUUCCGGAUCUCUUUCCGAAGCCGUCUACGCCCGGGAAAACAAGUACGGCGCCCACAACUACCACCCACUGCCAGUGGCCUUGUCCAAGGGCGAGGGGGUGUUCGUCUGGGACGUGGAGGGAAAGCGCUACUUCGACUACUUGAGUGCCUACUCGGCGGUCAACCAGGGACACUGCCACCCGAAGAUCGUCAAGGCCCUCACCGAACAGGCCUCCAAACUGGCCUUGACAUCGCGAGCCUUCUAUUCGGAUGUCCUGGGCGAGUACGAGGAGUACGUGACGAAGCUGUUCGGCUUCGACAAGGUGCUGCCCAUGAACACGGGAGUCGAGGGAGGAGAGACCGCCUGCAAGUUGGCCCGCAAGUGGGGAUACCUGGAAAAGAAGAUACCGGCCAACCAGGCCAAGAUCAUCUUCGCUCGCAACAAUUUCUGGGGCCGCACCCUGUCCGCAGUGUCCGCCUCCAACGAUCCGAGCAGCUACGAGGGAUUCGGACCCUUCAUGCCGGGAUUCGAGCUGAUCGAGUACGACAAUGUGACUGCGCUGGAGGAGGCCCUCAAGGACCCCAAUGUGUGCGCCUUCAUGGUGGAGCCCAUCCAGGGGGAAGCUGGCGUGGUGGUGCCCAGUGAGGGCUAUCUGCAGAAGGUUAGGGAGCUCUGCACCAAGCACAAUGUGCUCUGGAUCGCCGACGAAGUGCAGACGGGACUGGCCAGAACCGGAAAGCUGCUGGCCGUGAACUACGAACAGGUUCAGCCGGACAUUCUGAUCCUGGGCAAAGCACUCUCCGGCGGCUUGUAUCCCGUGUCCGCGGUCCUCUGCAACGACCAGGUGAUGCUGUGCAUCAAGCCAGGAGAGCACGGAUCCACCUACGGAGGCAAUCCCCUGGGAUGCCGGGUGGCCAUGGCCGCCUUGGAGGUACUGCAGGAGGAAAAGCUGGCCGACAAUGCCUUCAAAAUGGGCAAUCUCCUGCGCAGCGAGCUGUCCAAGCUUCCCAAGGAUGUGGUCUCAGUGGUGCGGGGAAAGGGGCUGCUCAACGCCAUCGUUAUUAACAAGAAAUACGAUGCCUGGCAGGUGUGCCUGAAGCUCAAGGAGAACGGUCUUUUGGCCAAGCCCACCCACGGGGAUAUUAUUCGGUUUGCUCCUCCACUUGUCAUCAACGAGGCACAAAUGCUGGAGAGCAUCGACAUUAUCAAGAAGACCAUUCUGUCAAUGUAGAUUGUGCAUUUAAGGAGUUUAAUGUUAAGUUUUUAUCAAAAGUCUGAAAUAAAUUACAACUCAAAUGUU